CCCCCCCCUUACGAAGAACCCAACCAAGGCAGACAAAGCAACCUGAAGAGCAAAGGAUGCAAGAGACGCCUGUUCCUGUUUGUCUUGGGCAAGGUUCUCCUUGUAGGGUGUUUGUUUUGGAUGAUCGGAUCGUGGGGGUUUAGAAGUCUACUCUCCUGUCAUCAUGGCAAGCAUACAAACGGGACAGAAAUCGCAGACAUCGAGCUGGAAGACGCCACCAUCAGUCGCGAGGUGGUGAUCGACAACGGCCACCGCGCCAUCUGGGGUCAUCUCCCGCUGUACGAUCUGCUCUCUCUGAGCACGACGAGCGGCAACGUGGUGGUAACCAUCACUCCGCAGCCAGCCGAGCCAGAGCAGGAAGAUACUCCUGCGAAAGUUGUGAUCCGGACGAAAUCGGGAAGUGUGACGGUGAGCUUUGCCGGGGUCGACGAGGCUUCCGUUCCCGUGCGACCGUACGAGGUUGAGAUCCAGACCUCCACGGGACAUAUCACUGGGAAACUGCUCUUCUCGACCUCGUUGUCUCUGGAAUCUCAACGUGGGAGUAUCACCGUCUCGGUGACGCCGGUCGUGUAUCCGGGGAAUGUCUCUAUUUACAGCCAUACAGAGACUGGUAGCCAGAACAUUCGAUUGAAAGAACCGAUCAACGACGACAACGACGACGACGACGACUACGAAAUCACUGCGUCUCAUUCCAGCCGUCAUGGCAGUCUGUACAUCGCCUAUCCGUCUAGCUGGGCGGGUCAAGUCCAUGCCUCGGCAGUCCAUGGCUCGAUCUGUUUGAAUGGAGAUGGGCUCCGGGUCACCAAGGACGGAGAGGGAAGGGCGGAGGGAGAGAGAGAUGUGAUGGAGGGCCAUGGGGACUGGUGGGGGGAAAGGGGAGCAAUGCAGGUUGACUUGCAGGUUAAGGAUGGUUCAGUGAUGUUUAAUGCGUAGUAUUAUCUUGAAAGAAUGAUGUUAGUAUCUAGAU